AUGUCCGGUCUAGCUACUCUUCGUGCUUUGUCCACCCUGAUAUCGUCAGCGGUGCAAGAUCUUGAGAAAGUAUACAACAACGCAUCGGCUCCGUUCCCUGAUCUCGACGAGCCGUUCAACCCGUUCAACGCAUCUGAAGGCGUUGCAAGAGAGCCCGGUGCUGUAGCUGCUUCGAGCGUCAUCGUUGCCGCAGCAGGGCAGCUGACCGCGCUCUUGCGCCCGCCUCCGCUUUCCUUGCUAUCUGCCGCUCUCUCGAUGCAUCUGUCGUCUUGCCUUCGUGCCGCCUCAACAUUCAAUAUUACCGAGAUUCUACGCGAAGCAGGACCUCAGGGACUGCAUGCUCGGGACAUCGGCGCGAAAGCGAGCACUAGUUCUGACAAGAUCGCUCGAAUUCUUCGCUUGCUUGCGUCCCACCAUAUUUAUAAGGAGUUAUCCCCAGACGUCUUCACCAACAAUCGUCUGUCUUCAGUACUAGAUAAAGGAAAACCUUCGAAAGAAUGUUUUUACAGCGCAUCUGAGAAGUUCCAAGGAACUUCCGGAAUAUCUGCGAUGAUCGAGCAUAUCACCGACGAGGCCUUCAAGAGCUCUGCUUACCUGACGGAGACUCUGUCCGAUCCAUCCACCGCGUUGUCGGACGACCUCACAGCUUCACCAUUCGCAAAGGCAUUCAACACGAAGGAGCCGAUGUGGGCAUGGUUCGAACAACCGGAGAACAAGGUGGUCGAACGUGAAUUCAUGGCAUCUGUAUCGGGAUUGACCAUGCUUUUCACAGGCUUUAAAUGGAACGAUCUGCCGAAAGGGGCCAUUGUAGUCGAUGUGGGUGGCGGUAUCGGGUCAUCGUCCCUGGUCAUCGCAAAGGCCAAUCCAGACCUUCGCAUCGUGAACCAAGAUCGCGCCCCGGUGAUCGAGCUGGCUAAAGUGUACUGGUCUGCGGAACUUCCGGGACAUCUCGAGGCUGGAAAGGCGGAGCACCAAGUCCAUGAUUUCUUCGCUGCGCAACCGAUCAAGAACGCUCACGUUUUCCUCCUUCGCAGCAUCCUUCACGAUCAUUCGGACAAGGCUUGCGUCCAGAUCUUACACCAGCUGCGCGAAGCCGCCACGUCUGAGACAAAGCUGGUCAUCGUCGACCAGGUCGUCCCGUACGCCAGUCCUGUCGACCCUUCGAAGACUGUUCCCGGUGACACACGCCCGGCUGCUCCGCCGCCUUUGCUCCCGAACAUGGGAGUUGCGGCCGCACCCGUCUUCUGGGCGGAUCUUCAUAUGUAUACACUUCUUAACGGAAAGGAACGCACCAUCAACAAUUUUAUCGAGGUGUUCUCUCAGGCCGGAUGGAAGUUGACCCAGGUUCAUCACAUCCCGGGCUCUUUCACGAGCCAGGUGAUUGCAACGCCUGCUUGA